AUGAUUAAAUCACUGCAAAAUCUUAUCAAUUCAUUAUCAGAUCAGUUGCAAGAUGCAAAAGAUGAGCUUUUUAGUGAAAUUGAUUAUCAACCAUUUUCAAAGGAAUGUGAAAUGUUUGUUCAAAUACAAAAUGAAGUAAAAAAUGGAAAAAAGAAGUGUAAACAACUUAAGAAACGUAUAAAAUAUUGUAAAAUACAAGAAAAAUUAAUGAGAAAAGAAUUAAAUGAAAUGAAUUUACGCAUUGAAGAAAAUGAAAGAUAUAAAAUUGAGCUCAUUCGACGAAAGGAAAAAGCUGACAAAAGCGCCUUAUAUUGGCAAAAUCGAAUUGCGCAAAAACAAUCAAAUAAUGCUACUACAAAUAAUAGUAAUAAUUGUAAUAAUGAUAAUAGUAAUAAUAAUAGUAAUAACAAUCACGAUAAUAGUGAUAAUAGCAAUAAUAAUAGUAAUGAUAAUCAUGAUAAUAGUGAUAAUAAUUUGCUUACACAAUCAAAAGUAUAA